AUGUCCCUUCGAUUGACGAUAGAAGACGGCCAAUUCCGUGACAACCACGGCAGACAUAUCUUGCUUAGAGGCAUCAACGUCGCGGGCGACGCCAAAUUGCCCAGCCAGCCAGAUGUCCCCUCACACAUUGCCGAGGACUUCUUCGCCGGUGACGACGUGAACUUCAGACAGCGACCCUUUCGCAAAGAAGACGCACACAUCCACUUCUCGCGCUUGAAACGUUACGGGUACAACACCAUUCGUUAUGUCUUUACCUGGGAAGCCAUCGAAGCUGCGGGGCCCGGAAGAUACGACGAGGAGUGGAUUCAACACACCAUCGAUGUACUGCGCGAAGCCAAGGACUAUGGUUUCUAUAUUUUCAUGGAUCCACACCAGGACGUCUGGUCACGGUACUGUGGAGGCUCGGGAGCUCCCAUGUGGACGCUCUACGCGUGCGGACUGAACCCUCAGAGCUUCGCUGCCACAGACGCUGCGAUAGUGCACAACACCUAUCCCGAACCCGAGAAGUUCCCUAAGAUGAUAUGGUCCACCAACUACAACAGGCUUGCCGCUGCAACCAUGUUCACUCUCUUCUUUGCGGGUAGAGACUUUGCGCCCAAGUGUAUUAUAGAUGGGAUGAACAUUCAAGAUUACCUUCAAGGCCAUUUCUUCCGUGCCUGCGAACACCUCGCAAAGCGCAUCCACGAGGCCGGUGAUAUCGAGAAUGAUAUUGUUUUUGGUUGGGAAUCAAUGAACGAGCCCAGCAGGGGCAUGAUUGGACAUGUCGACUUGAGUGUCAUCCCGAGUGAGCAGAAGCUGAAGAAGGGAACAUGUCCAACAUUAUGGCAAACCAUGCUUACUGGGUCUGGAAGGGCCUGCGAGGUCGACUCCUGGGAUAUGGGUGGCCUCGGCCCGUACAAGAUCGGUAGGACAUUAAUUGAUCCUCAUGGCGAAAUGGCCUGGCUACCGGCAGACUACGACGACUCAAGAUACGGAUGGAAACGAGAUCCAGGCUGGAAGUUGGGCGAGUGCCUAUGGGCCCAGCAUGGUAUCUGGGACCCGGCAAACGAUUUGCUGCUGCAGAAGAACUACUUUGAGAAACACCCGAAGACUGGCGAGGUCCUCGACUUUCCAAAGUUUACGAACACGUACUUCAUGGAGUUUUACCGGAAAUAUCGUGACCUCAUCCGGGCCCAUCACAAGGAUGCGAUAAUGCUCUGCCAGCCUCCGACACUAGAGGUACCACCUACCAUUAAGGGAACAAAGGACGACGACCUCAAGAUGGUGUAUGCGCCGCAUUACUACGACGGAAUCACCCUCAUGACGAAGAAAUGGAACCGCACCUGGAACGUGGAUGUUUUCGGCGUUCUUCGCGGCAAAUACCUACACCCUGCAUUUGCUAUCAAAAUCGGAGAAACAGCCAUUCGAAACAGCUUCAGAGAUCAGCUGACUGCCAUAAGGAAAGAGGGUUUGGACAAUAUGGGCAACCACCCAUGUCUUCUGACCGAAUUUGGAAUUCCGUAUGAUAUGGAUGACAAAAACGCCUACAAGACUGGGGACUACUCAAGUCAAUCUGCUGCGAUGGAUGCCAACCAUUUCGCAGUAGAGGGGGCACCAAUGGAAGGCUACACAUUGUGGCUAUAUAUGACCCAAAAUGAUCACCAGAGGGGUGAUUUAUGGAAUGGCGAGGACUUGUCUAUUUACUCUCUAGAUGACCAGAGCCUUCCUGUGUCUCCGCUUCCUCGAACACCAGACGCCGAAGGGCCCCCCUUCAGCCUCCUCAAGACGGCCACAACCAAUUCUAGGAGAGAAGUUGACGACGAGACUUCCGUCAACCCCUCGAACCUCAAACGUACACUUACAAACCCUUCCAUUUCAUCAGAACGUUCGAGUCAGAAUCCAGAAGUCACCAACGCACCAGGCUAUCGCGCAGCUGAAGCCUUCGUUCGGCCAGCACCCAUUGCGGUCAACGGCAUGACGACCAAGUACGGCUUUGACUUGAAGACUUGCGAAUUUACCCUAGAAAUCAUAGGCGCCCCUUCACCAUCCGACGACCUACCAACAACUGUGUUCUUGCCCGAGUAUCACUUUCCAAAAGAGCAAUGCACAGUUGAAGUGAGCGGGGGCAAGUGGGAACUCAGCACCGAUGACGAUGAGCGAGCUUGGAUCCAGAAGAUCAGGUGGUGGCACGGUGAUGGGAAACAGACGCUAAAGGUCACUGGCCAAGUGCGGCCCCAUAACACGCUGGCAGGCUCUGCGGACGAGGCUGGCUAUCUCGAGCAGUGCCAGUCGGGAUACGGGCUUGACGUCGGCAAGUGCGCCGUCAUGUAG